AUGAACAAUAUCGACUCAGCAACUGAACCUGCCAAAGGUAGAAAACUUAAGAAUUCUGUGAAGGGUUCUAACCAGGUUGCAUCUAAGGUUUUCAGACCAAUGCAAACCAAAAAGACUCCUAAAACGACAAAGGGAAAAAUUAUGCCUAAAGGAAAACGAGAAACGAAGAUUCUGAAUAAUAUUCUUAUGGAAAAAGCAGACUUUGAUUUCUCCAUGGUGCCUCCUCCAUACUGUUCUUGUACAGAGUAUCCUCUGCCCAUGAGUUCUACAAGACUUGGGGCUCGUUUGGCUAGCAGGAAGAUGAGCAACGGAGCAUAUGGGAAACUUCUACUGAGACUUGCAGCUGAGGGUCAUGAUCUUACUCAUCCAGUUGACUUGAAGGACCAUUGGGCAAGACACGAUACCAACAAGUUUGUUAUAAUCAAGUAG